AUGGCUGAAAAGGCAUCCGAGAACGCUGAGAUCACGGCGCCAGUUGCUGGUGCAGGUGCAGUUGCAGGUGCUGAGGCUGACGCUCCUCCUGCUGCUGCUCCCGAAACCAAGGCUGACGAGACUAAGCCUGAGGGCGGAGCUGCUGAGGACGGCGCGAAGGGCUCAGAUGAGCCUAAGCCUGCCGAAGCUACUGACAUGACGACCGAGAAGGCCGAACCUGAGAAAGACACCCCCGCCGGUGAUGCGGAUGUCGAAAUGAAGGACGCGGCGGACACGACGGCGGUCGAGGCGGACACUACCACUGUUACCAUUGCAGAGACCCCGACGGCAAAAGCCAAGGGCGGUCGCCGCAAGUCUACUGGAGGCGGUCUUAGCAGGAAGGGAUCAAAGGCCCGCCUGACUCACACUGAUGCCAAGCCUGGUGAUCAUUUCCUGGUGAAGCUCAAAGGUUUCCCCGCCUGGCCUGCCAUCAUUUGCGAUGAGGACAUGCUGCCUCACGCCCUCGUUACCAGCCGACCUGUUUCUGCAGCCAGACCAGACGGCACAUAUGCUGAAGCUUUUGCUGAUGGCGGCAAGCGUGUCAAUGACCGAACCUUUCCCGUCAUGUACCUGCACACCAACGAGUUUGGAUGGGAGAAGAACACCAACCUUUCGGAGCUCAGUGCUGAGAAGGCCAAGGAAACAAUCAACGACAAGAUGCGCAAAGACCUAAAAGCCGCAUAUGAAUUGGCCAUUGAGCACCACCCCGUCGAGUACUACAAAGACAUCCUCAAGAGCUUCCAGGAAGAGCUGAUUGCUCAAGAGGAGGCGCGGAGAGAAGCCGCUGCCACUCCCAAGAAAGGAAAGAAGGGCAAGAGCAAGGCUGCAGAGGAAGAAGACGCCGAGGUGGUUGAGCCUGAUGCAUCCGCCAAGAAGUCCAAGAAGAGAAAGGCAGAAGACGAGGUUGCUGUAAGUGCUAUUCCACAUACACAUGGCGAAUCCAAGGGCGACGAUGGGCUGACUGAUGUUUGUAUAAUUAAGACUCCUCAACGCCCCGAUUCUGUCAAGAAGCCCAAGAUUAAACUUAACACGUCGUCUACGCCAAAGACAGCAAACGGAGCUAGUGCACCAAAGUCCACUGCUGGGUCUGCUGCCAAGAUAACCAAAGUCAAGACCAAGAAGCCCAAGGAGGCUAAGGAAGCGGGCGAGAAGAAGGCUGAGAGCUCCAAGGAAAGUAAGAUUGAUCCCGAAGAGCGUCACAAGCGCAAGGUUAAGGAAGUAUUAUUCCUUCGCCACAAGCUCCAAAAGGGUCUCUUGACACGAGAACAGCAACCCAAGGAAGAGGAGAUGCAGAGCAUGUCAGACUUCAUCACUCUGCUCGAGAAGUUUGGUGACCUUGAAGUAUCCAUCAUUCGGGCUACCAAAAUCAACAAGGUCCUGAAGGCCAUACUCAAGCUUGAUGCUAUUCCUCGCGAAGAGGAGUUCCAGUUCAAGAAGCGAUCACAGUCUCUUCUUGAUAAGUGGAACAAGUUGCUGGCUAGUGAUACCGCCACAAAUGGAGUUAAUGGUGCCUCAGAGUCACAUGCUGAAGCCAAGAAAUCUGACGCCAACGGCGUGAAGGUAGACGGCGAGUCCAAGACUGAGGCUACCGCAGAGCCAAAAGCCGAGAAGGCUGAUGCUGGCGAACCAACCAGUGUCAAGGGUGCCGACGAGGUUAGUCGACGAGAUGCGUGUGGUGGUUCACAAAACGAGUUCUAA